CGGGGGGGGGGGGGUUUACGUAUAAAAGACGCCGAGAAACCAAUGAGACGAUGUUGCAGGGAUCAAAGAAAAAAGACAAACGUAUUCUGUCCGGUACGUGUCCGGAUCCCAAAUGCCAGGCUCGCCUGUUUUUUCCAGCCUAUGGAGUCAGUAUCGAGUGCACCGAGUGCGGUCAGCGCCACGAACAAAGGAACCUGCUCAGUGUGGAGGAAGUCACCGACCCCGACGUGGUGCUCCACAACCUGCUGAGGAAUGCUCUGCUGGGAGUCACCGCUCCCAAGAAGGGCACCGAGAUGGUGAAGGUGAUGGGGCUGUCGAAUUACCACUGCAAGCUGCUGUCCCCCAUCCUGACCAGGUAUGGCAUGGAUAAGCAGACCGGGAGGGCCAAACUCCUAAGGGAGAUGAACCAAGGGGAGAUAUUUGACUGCGCCUUGCUGGGCGACAGGGCUUUCCUCAUUGAGCCGGAGCACAUUGCGACUGUAGGAUACGGGAAGGAUCGCUCAGGGAGUCUGUUGUACCUUCACGACACAUUGGAGGAGAUCAAGAAGGCGAAUGACGAUCACGAAUGCUUGAUACCUGUCCACGUCGAUGGCGAUGGACAUUGUUUGGUUCAUGCCGUCUCCAGGGCUCUGGUGGGCCGAGAGCUUUUCUGGCAUGCUUUGCGUGAAAACCUCAAGCAGCAUUUCAAAAUGAACUUGGAGCGUUACAAGGCGUUAUUCCAUGAUUUCAUUGAUGCAGCAGAAUGGGAGGAUAUCAUUAAUGAGUGUGACCCCUUGUUCAUCCCCCCUGAAGGAGUACCUUUAGGCCUACGAAAUAUUCAUAUAUUUGGGUUGGCCAAUGUGUUGCGUCGGCCAGUCAUUUUGCUAGAUUCACUAAGUGGAAUGAGAAGCUGUGGUGAUUACUCAGCUACUUUUCUUCCUGGUUUAGUUGUUGAAGAAAAUUGUAGGGGAAAGGAUGGACAGUUUAAUAAGCCUAUAUGCAUUGCAUGGAGCAGUUCAGGACGCAACCAUUACAUACCUAUGGUUGGAAUAAAAGGGGGUCCUUUGCCUAGACUUCCUUUGAAACUGUUGCCUAAAGCCUGGGGUGUCCCACAAGAGCUUAUUAGAAAAUAUAUACAGUUUGAAGAUGGGAGUUGUUUACUUGGAGGUGACCGUAGUUUGCAGGACAAGUACUUGCAGAGGCUAGUUUCUGCAAUGGAAGAUGUUUUCCUGAAGAAGCAUGACAUUCACCCUUCCCUGGUAGCAGAUAUGCAUCAGUAUGUCUAUAGAAGGACAGGCGUUAUUGGAAUACAGCCAGAGGAGGUUACUGAAAGUGCAAAGAAGGCUGUGCUUGAAAACCGCUUGCACAGAUGUUUGACUUGUGGUGCUCUUUCUGAGCUUCAUGUGCCUUCUGAAUGGUUAAGUCCAGGAGGAAAGUUAUACAAUUUAGCUACCAGCACCCAUGGUCAACUGAGGCCUGACAAAAAUUACAGCUUUCCAAUUAACAAUUUGGUGUGCUCAUUUGACUCUAAAAGGGAUAUAUUAGUUCCAGACUAUAGUCUGAGCCAUUUAACAUCCUGCAGCUGGUGUCAUGGUACCUCCAUGCGCCAUGUGAGAAGGGACAGUUCUGUGGUUUAUUUAGAUGGAGAUCGAACUAACACCAGAUCUGCUGGAGGCAAAUGUGGUUGUGGUUACAAGCAUUAUUGGGAAGGGAAGGAAUAUGAUAGUCUACCUGAAGCUUUCCCGAUUACUUUGGAAUGGAAUGGCAGGGUGGUGCGAGAAACUGUUUAUUGGUUUCAGUAUGAAAGUGAACUGCCCCUAAAUAGCAACGUCUAUGAUGUUGCAAUGAAGCUGGUCACCAAGCAUUUUCCCGGUGAAUUUGGAAGUGAAAUCCUGAUUCAGAAAGUUGUUAAUACCAUACUUCAUCACACUGCCAAAAAGAAUCCUGAUGAUUAUACUCCAGUCACUGUUGAAGGGGCACACGGUCGUAGAAUCAGUGACUUCCAAGAUGAACAAACUGCAGAUGCACAUCAGCCGAGCAAGAUAAUUUUAAUGGGUCAGAAAUCAAAGACCUUGCAUAAAGAAGAGUUGACCAUGAGUAAAAUAGAACGAAGUAUUCAGCAAAAUAUAACUGACCACGCGGCUAUUAUGCAGAAGCGGAAAACAGACAAAUUGCGACAAGAACAGAAAGGAUCAAGCCAACCAUCUUCUCCUGGAAUUAUUAAAGAUGGUCCAUCAUCGGCCCCAGCCACUCCCACAAAAUCUUCUUACUCCCCAUCACCCACCAAGGAAAAGAAAAUCAGAGUAACCACUAAUGAUGGGAGGCAGGCAACGCUGAUCCUACAAGCAUCUGUAAAGUUUUCUGAACUCCAAGAAAGCAUUGCAAAAGAAUUUAACCUCCCUCUGCAUUUACAGUGCAUACGCUAUGGCUUUCCUCCAAAGGAGCUUCAUCCUCCUAAAGAGGGACGGGAGAAUGAGGCUUUGCCAUUGCAGCAUGGUGAUCGAGUUUCUGUGGAGAUUCUGAAAGAUAAUAAGGAGGAAGUUGUACUAGCUGCUUCUACAUCUGCAGUCCAUUCCUGGAAAAGUGACGAACCUGAAGCUUCUGGUCGAAAUGUUGUUAGGGAAAUGCAGGACCACAUUGAUCUUGAAAUGUCUUCCCUCUGCCUUCUAGCAACCUUAAUGGGUGAAGAUGUGUGGUCUUAUGCAAAGAAGCUGCCACAUUUGUUUGAACGUGGUGGAGUGUUCUAUAAUACAAUGAAGAAAGAUGUGGGCUUGGUGGAUGGGAAGCACCUAACACUUCCCCAUCUUCCUGGUAAAACCUUUGUGUAUAAUGGGUCAGAAGAUAGGCUGGAGCUUUGCAUUGAUCCAGCAGGACAUAUUCCCAUUGGUCCUGACAUUGACAGUCUGAUUAAAGAGGCCUUAAAUCAGUUACAAUCUGAGGGGACAAGAAGCAGAGAAGGAAGUCCUUCCUCACAUGGAAGGAUGAAACUUGGCAGUGGUGGAGUGGUGCGAAAAAAAUCUGAGCAAAUGCCAAAUGUAACAGCUUUCCAGGGAAAAGGCCAUUCCCUUGGAACUGCUUCAAGUAGCCCACAGCUGGAACAGCGGCACAGCAGGAAACUAAGCACUGGCAGUUCUUCAGUAACAGAUGUCAGUUAUGGUAUUGGCAAGUCUAGUCCCAAGCAAGGGGCUUCCCCUCCCAAAUCCAGCAGUGGAGAUGGUGAGCUAAUACGAAUGGCACCUGGCUUUGUAACCAUGAGAGACAGUAGGCAGCUUAAUCCUAAUUUAAUUGAAGCGCAACGUAAGAAGUUGCAGGAGAUGGUAUCAUCAAUUCAAGCCUCCAUGGAUAAACAUUUGCGGGAUCAAAAUUCAGAGCAAUCAAUACCUAGUGAUGCCCAAGAAGCAGAAGUACAGAAUACAACUUCUUCACUCCAGAUAAUACGAACUGGAAGCUCACAAACUGGUGUACUGGAGCAGCCUUCGGUUGCUCCACAAAUAGGCCAUGAGCGUUUGCGUAUGGAAACAACAGCAAUUGGUGUGGAAAUGUUCUCCCAUUCAUCCAUAGCAACAAGCAAAGUGCAAGAUGGGAACCUAUUAAACGAAGAUCUUGAAGAAAUGGAUAGUCAAGAACCUGAGGGGACAGUUGAACCUAUGGAUCACUCUUGACUUCAUGUAGAAAUUGAUAUUAUGAAGCAUGGCAAAGCUGGGCUUUGUACAAGAGUCGUCCCAUGGCAAAAGGAGCUCAUCGUGUUCAAAAGACAGAAUCAGAUUUAAUCCCUUUAUUUGCUGCAUGAUAGCAAGAUUUUUCUUGGCAAUCCAUAUGACCGCUUCAGCCUUACUAUUGCCCUCAAUCAGUCUUCACAAAUAUACAAUAUCAUGAUUGCUAACCUGCACUCAGCUGAGAUUCUGCCGUUGACGCAGCUUUCAGUAGACCUUUGUUGAAAGAGACGAGUCUCUUUACAGUGCAAUUUCCAGAUACAUCUGAUUUAAACAUUAAUUUGUGAUGCUGUUUUGCUAGAAAUAAAAUAAUACAGAGUAAGGUCAAAUAAGGUCACAUGGCCCUAGCUGACAUGCUAUGUAAGAUGUACGUCCAUCAACAUACAAUAAAUGUGUUGUUGCUCUUUAGAAAGAUCCAGAAACAUUCUUUAUUACUCUGGCUUCAAGGAUUAGGGCCAGGGCCUAAGAAAAUAAGUUGUUCUUGGUUUAAAAACUUUAUAGAAAUAAUCAAAUUGCAGUACCGUGUUCAGUCCUAUUGCAGAGGAAAAGGAUUCAGUUUGCCACAGAAAGAUUCUUACAUUUGAUAUUCACCAGCUUAAAAUUUCUUUCAUUGCUAAAUACACUGUGAUCAUAGUGGAGGAAUGGUCCAAUUGCUUGUGACAAAACUGCCAUUUGUGUAGAUACGUUUGUUGGGUGAGUGCUUAACUAAAGUUGAAUAAUAUCUUUUACUGAAAAAACUAUUUCAAAGUUGGAAAUCACUCUUUGCAUAGGUUUAAUACCAGUAUUUUGCACUCAUACAGUAUAUAUACAAUCUAUAGUUUGGGAUCUAGAUAGCUUGUGUCCCGCUGUAGAAUUUUGGGGAGAAAAGCCCACUGUCCUAAUGUUGUAAUAGUUAUCCUAGGAAAAAGAGUAAGUUGCAGUGAGACACUGCAUUGCUUCCUGAGGGACAAACAAGGACCUGAAUUUGUUAUUUUUCAGGGCUCCAAUGCAAAUAUGGCUAACAACCUACUGUAUAAUUUUGUGAAGUACUCCAUACUCUCCCAAUUCUUUAACACAAGGCAGGAAGGGAGAAGAUCCAAUUUCUUUCUUGCAUACUGAGGUCUAAAAGGUGGUUGUGUUUAAGGUUUUCAUUACAGAUAUGAGAGUAACCAUGCAAAUGUAGCUACAGCUGGCAAACUUAUAAAGGAUGUUGAAUGCAAUCAUUUGACAUUAUGCCCUCAGUAAUUGACAGGAAUUGGAAAGUGCUGAGUAUUAUGUGAACAGAAAAUGAAGAUGCUUUGGAACAAAAAAAUGUCAUGCAAGUAUCUAGGACAAUUCGCCUCCACUUGUUUCACAUUUUAGUAUGUCAGCCUUUCUUAUGCCAUCCAUUUUACUUAAGUUCAGUUUAAAAGAAAAUCCUCACAAAUGUUUCAUUAUGGUGCAAGUAAAACAAACCAUAAAGACUGCUGUGUAGUUAAAAUUCACAAUUUUGCCUCUUUCAUUCCUCAGACACCAAAUUCAGGAACUUGGAAAAAUGUUGAAAAUCAUCUUCCUCUUAGCAAAGUUGCAAACUCUGAGGAGAAAAAUGAAUGUCUGUUCCUUCACUUUUAAAGGUGUUAUUCUAUGGUGUGUGCAGUCAUUUGAUACUGGUAGUGAUCAUAAAACUGAGCAGAGUGGUUAUGAGCUGCAGCUAGUGAAUUUAUAGUGGUAAUGUCAAGUUGUAAUGGGAGUGGGAAGAACUACCAAUUAUCUGAUUUUUGAAAUACAACCACUAAUAUUCCUGUUAUGUGCAAAUCGUACCAUUUACUUUUUACAUGUGAGAAGAACGCACAGACCUUAAUGAGACAAAUUGCACAAAAAGUAAGCCUGUCUCAUUUUAAUAAUUGUAAGAAGUGCAGAAUUUCACUAUUAAACAAGAUGCUAGGGACUCUAGGACUAGACUUCAAAUGAUUACCUCUGAUAAAAUAUAAAGCUGAUGCUGUCUGCUCUUCAAUUAAAACGAGCGUUGAAUUGUACUAUGAGAGAUGAUUACUUUUGCUUUGAUAUUGAUAGGCUGAUUCUGAUUUUAUUUAAUUGAAUAGUGAACCAAUUAAAAUCAUAUUUAAAAAUGCUUCAAGACUUGUGCACUUCAUAAAACAUACCACUUGUAGUGUGAAACAGUUAGAGUGCUUUCAGGAAAGGGUUAAUGUCAACAAAAAUAUCAACUUUCAAAAGAGAAGAGUUUUCCACUUUUCAAAAUGAGCUUCAUUUUGGUAACUAGCUUUGAACUGGGUUCAUGAUUCAAUUGCUUCUGAAUCUGUUUUUAGGUCAUUUGUGAGGAUUAAAGACAUUCCGUUAAGAAUGUACAUUAAAAUUCAUUGCAGUCUUAACAUGGGAUUUUCAACUUUAAUGUCCUUUUUAAAUGCAAAUAAUAUAAUUCACGCAAUAGUCCAUUAUGGAAUAUUCAGUAAUGUAACUGAAACACAAAUGUUAACAAUUAGAUUGAAAAUACAAAAUGGGUCUAAAGUUAAACAUCCCACAAAAGUUGGAUUUUUUUUGCAGUGUUUGCCAUCCAGUUAUUCAAAUAUUUUGAAGUACAUUUUGAGUGUAUUGUGUAUAUACAGUUUAUUUUUAAUGGAGAAGAUAUAAGAGUUUUGAAUGUCCCUGUUUAAAAAAAAAUGUUAACAAGAUUAUAAGAAACAAACUGACGCAUUUAUGGUAAUCGGACAACACUGGCAACUGAUUUGGUUUGACACUGGCAAAUUUGGUUUGUUAAUAUUUGUGGUUGCUGUACCAAAUAUCUUAAAUGCAUUGCUCUAUAAUGUAACACCUGUGUAUAAUAGUAUAUAUUGUACAAUAUUAUAAGUGACUUGUACAGUAAUUGGAGUUCUUUUAUUGAAUGCUUAUUAAAAAAAUGAAGUGGUACAGGCUACAAGUACCAUCUUGCUGUUAGCAUGAGUUAUGAGCAUAUCCUGAAGGUGCAAUAAAUUAAAAUGUUUCACGGUCA